AUGCCCUUGAACUAUACUGUCGUCUGUGACUUGUUUGGAAUGAUGCACGUGGAUGCAUUGAAACAGAGUACAAAAACUGAUGAGGACAAGAUGUUGUUUUUUAAGGAGUUAAACGGGUCAUAUUAUCACAUAUGGCAUAAAGGAUUAGCACUUUUCUCCGAGAGAGAGUAUAAAACGAUUCAAGUUAAUGGCCCCACACAAAGCAAAUUGUUGGAUUCAAAAAUUAGAGAACAAGAAGCAGAAUAUGCUGAGAAAAUGAAAAACAAAAUUACUAUAGUUCACAAAGCAGCCAAAGAGAAGAGAGCAAUGACUGAGGCUAUGUGCCGUGAAGAGCUAUUGAAGUCAGAAGAAAGUGUGGCCAAAUAUCACGCCACAGGGCAGAUGCCAAAGCAAGGUUAUAGCUGUCACAAUUCAUGA